UCGAACGAUUUUCCCGUGGACGAAAGCCGCGCCGAGUCGAGCGAGGAGAAGGAGAGUGCGUGGAUAUCGGAAACGAAGGGGAAGACGACGUGUCAAACGCGACGUAUAUGACGCGACGCGUUCGUUUCCGAAUAUAAUGCUACACUUUUCUCACGAGAAUGAGGGUGGUACGGCUAUUACUGUGCUACGUACUUCUCGAAGACUACAGUACCAAUCUCGGCGGGGCUGCAAUUACCAGCGACGCCGCGCGCCAGGACGCCUCUGCGACGAAUCCUACGCUACCAGAUCUGCCGAGCUUUGCUGAGCCGAUCGGUAAUGUGACCGCGGCUAUCGGCAAAGAAGCCGUUCUGCCGUGCACGAUCCGGAAACUGGGAAAUCACAAGGUGGGAUGGAUUCGAGUGGAGGAUAAGACGAUAUUGUCGAUGGGCCAACGCACGGUGACUCACUCGCCUCGGUUUCUCGUCACGCUGGAGAACGCGAGGUCGAAGAAUCAGAGUCAAUCGAGGGACGAGGAGGAGGCCACUUCGCGGCUCCAUAUUCGCCAGCUUCGGGAAGCUGACCGAGGUUGCUACAUGUGCCAACUGAAUACGAAGCCCAUGUUGAGCCAGCUGGGAUGCGUGGAUGUCCUAGUCCCGCCGGAUAUACUCAGCACUGGCACAUCCGAAGGAGAGGUUUCCGUGAAGGAGGGCGAAAACGCCACCCUCUCGUGCAAGGCUUCCGGAAGACCGUCACCUCGUGUGCUCUGGCGACGCGAGAAAAGUGGUUUCAUACUUAUGAGGGGUCCUCACGAUCCGCUGAUACCAGUGGACAACCAGUCCGGUGAGAAGCUGGAAUUAACCAGGGUAGACAGGAGGCAAAUGGGAGCUUAUCUUUGCAUAGCCAAAAACGAAGUGCCCCCGGCAGUCAGCAAGAGAGUCUAUCUAAGGGUAAACUUUCCACCCAGCGCAAAGGUUCCCAACCAACUAUUGAGCUCGCCUCUGGACACGAACGUAUCCUUGAUCUGCUUGAUCGAAGCUUAUCCAAAGACGAUUAACCUGUGGACGAAAAAGGAGCAAGUAAUCAUGGACGGUGGUAGAUACGAGAUCGACGAACGGGGACAUCCGGACGAGGAAUGGAAGACAACGAGCGAGCUGAAGAUAAGACGUUUAGAGAAAACGGAUUUGGGAGAGUACACGUGUUCAGCGUCCUCAAGCAUGGGAAAAGCCGAGGCCACCCUUAGGGUGUACGAGAUCGAACGAGCGACUCCACCCACUCGGACCACCUCGGCUAGCUGGAACAAGAUAAGCAAGGGGAAAUCAAAGUUCGCUCAAGUCGCCACGAUAAAUCGGAUUUUUCACCAGAUGAGCACGCCGGCGAUGCAGAAAAGCACCGCGAGAAUCGUGUAUAGCAAACACGCGACCACUUCGACCACGGUGGACCCGAGAGCGCCUUUCAUCAAGGAUAAGAACCUGUUCAAGAACCGCGAGAGCCCGAACGUGAGGAAUUGUGCGAACGCGCGACAGAAAGACAACGACACGCGAGUUUACGUGCUCUGCUUGCUCUUCUUCCUGACCCUUCGAUAAACCUCUGCAACGAACGAGUACCACGAGAGAUCCGUUUAAAACGUUACUCGAGCGAAAAGCUCUGCGCGCGAUCGGUUCGUUCGUUCGCGGUUCGCGAGGGCGAGCUUAUUUACCGGAGGCAGCGAUCGCGAACCGAUCGCGAACCGAUCGCGAAUCGGCCAGUUCGCGUCUAGGAAAACGCGCAGCCCUCGAUAUCGCGAUAUAUUCCCGAACAAGAUUCCCGAUAAAGAGAACGUGAAUCGCGACUCCAAAGUUUUAAUCGAACAGGGAAAAGAGACGCGAGUUUAUCU